AUUGCGGGUGUGCAUCUUUCCCCGAACCUGAGCAAUUCGCUUCUCACCAAGGAUCGCGGUGAACAUAUGAAAAUAUUGACAAGAUGGAGUGAUAUAUUCAUAAGGGAAGAUCUAACAAACAGUGUGAAGGAUUCGCAAUCGGUAGACAGCUUUGUGACCAACGCGCUAGAUGAGCGAUUAUCCAUGGCGAAAUGUGUGGCAGCAAUUGGUGGAAGCGGAAGCCUAAGCACAGGAAGCGUUGGAAGUGCUGCCAAUUAUGGCUGUGGACUUUCCUACCUUCGAAUAGCCAGUCCGCAGUUCAACGUAUCGAAAGAGCAUGCACACAUGAUUAUGUUAAUGAGUUGUGAUGUUAAUUGUUAUGACUAA